CUGCUUGUUGUUCCCGCAGAGAGGCGAGAAGAUGGCGGCCGUGUCAAGCGGAGGUACUGCUGGGUCCGCUGCGGCCGGGAUUACGCAAACUGCCCGACCGACCCACGCAGUCAUGGGCUCUCAGAACAGAGCCCAGCAACCGUCCGGCAUGAGCCAUCCCGGUCGGACCGCCUCAGCCGCUGGGUGCAUCACCAAUUCUGUCCACACUUCGGCCACCAGGCCCCCCCCAGCUCGAGUGGGCCACUACGAAAUCGAGCGGACCAUUGGCAAGGGGAAUUUCGCGGUUGUCAAACUAGCCACGCACAUCAUUACCAAAGCCAAGGUGGCUAUAAAAAUAGUGGAUAAGACCCAGUUGGAUGACGAGAACCUGAAAAAGAUCUUCAGAGAAGUGCAAAUCAUGAAGUUGCUGAAGCACCCCCACAUCAUCCGCCUCUACCAGGUCAUGGAGACUGAGAGAAUGAUCUAUCUAGUUACAGAAUAUGCCAGCGGUGGAGAAAUAUUUGAUCACUUAGUUGCUCAUGGGCGCAUGGCAGAAAAAGACGCCAGGAAAAAGUUCAAACAAAUCGUGGCAGCCGUCCAUUUCUGUCACUGCCGCAACAUUGUUCACCGAGACUUGAAGGCAGAGAAUCUCCUCUUGGAUCACAAUCUCAACAUCAAGAUCGCAGACUUUGGAUUUAGCAACCUGUUUAGCAGAGGCCAACUGUUGAAGACGUGGUGUGGCAGCCCGCCGUAUGCUGCGCCAGAACUGUUUGAGGGAAAGGAGUAUGAUGGACCCAAAGUAGAUAUAUGGAGCUUAGGUGUCGUGUUAUACGUCUUGGUUUGUGGCGCCCUACCUUUUGACGGCAGCACUCUACAGAACUUGCGAGCACGAGUCUUGAGUGGCAAGUUCCGCAUUCCCUUCUUCAUGUCCACAGACUGUGAGUACUUGAUCAGACAUAUGUUGGUGCUGGAACCAAGCAGACGGUUGACAAUGGAGCAGAUCUGUAAAAACAAGUGGAUGAAACAAGGGGACCCUGACCCAGACUUUGACCGGUUGAUAGUAGAGUGUGAGCAAGUCAAGACUGAGAGGGAGACUGAACUCAUCAAUGACCAGGUGCUAAUUGCCAUGUCCGAAAUGGGCUUGGACCGCGAGCGUACAAUUCAGUCACUACAAACAGAUGCAUACGAUCAUUUCAGUGCCAUUUACAGUUUAUUGGCUGACCGCCUCAAGAAACACAAGACCCUGCGUGUGGCACCACCAACACCCAGAUCCAUUAGCUAUCCUCUCAAUCCCAUACAGGUGGAUGCUCAGAAUAAUCCUGUCAGCAUGACAGUUCCCCACGUCCAGCUCAUCAAUCCAGAGAACCAGAUUGUUGAGCCGGAUGGAAGCAUGGCGUUGGACAGCGAUGAAGGAGAGGAGCCUUGUCCUGAAGCGAUGGCACGGUACCUCUCGAUGAGGCGGCACACUGUUGGAGUACCAGACCAAAGGACAGAAAUGCAGGAAGACAUGCAAAAACUACCACCAGGUUUCCCCCGAGGUGCCGUGCCUCAGCCAACUUUCCCUCCUCUGGCUCCUAUAAUGGGCCAAAUGCACACCCUCAUGCCCACACAAAGUUUGCAGCCCACACAGCAGCUUGAAUACAAGGAGCAGUCUUUACUGCAGCCGCCCACUCUGCAGUUACUCAAUGGCAUGGGUCCUUUGGGUCGAAGAGCUUCAGAUGGUGGGGCUAAUAUACAGCUGCAUGCGCAGCUACUGAAGAGACCACGGGGGCCAUCACCACUUGUUGCCAGUCCUCACCCAAUCCCUGCUGUAGCUCCGGUAGAUGAAGAAGGAUCUGAUGGAGAGCCAGAUCAAGAAGCUGUCCAGAGGUACCUGGCGAACCGCUCCAAGCGGCACACAACGCACGCGCUAAUGAGCACAUCGCAUGGCGAACCCUCAGCAGAGUCACAGCGACCCCAGGGCCCCCGCCCGAGGGUGGUCUGGGCAACCGACUCACACACCCGAUCCAGCUACAAGGACUGCAACACCCUUCAUCUGCCCAUGGAGCGCUUCUCUCCUGUCAGAAGAUUUUCAGAUGGUGCCGCUACCAUCCAGGCCUUCAAGGCUCAGUUAGAGAACAGCAGCCUCAUAAAGCAGCUGAAGCAGGAGUGUGAGCAGCUCCAGAAGUUGUAUGCGGCCCAGCAGGAUGAGCGACUCCUGGAGCACACCCAGCAACAGCAUAUACUCUACCAGCAAGAGCAACAAAUUCUCCACCAGCAAAUCCAGGGUCUGUCAUUAGGCCAUGGAGAGAGCCAGCCCAGUCACCUCACCCACCAGCUGCAACGGUUGCACAUCCAGCCAUCCAGCCCUCCGCCAACUCAUCCCAGCAACCACCUCUUCAGACAGCCCAACCAGAGCUCUCCACCUGGCUCUGCAGGGAUGAUGCAAGCGCAUGGUCCAGCACCUGUACAGUACCAGCACGGUGCCCCGGCACUGUACCAAGGUCAGAGCGGAAGCCCACCUCCCAACAGCCUUCCCAGGGUGUCCCUAGCCCCCAGUCAGCAAGCAACAUCUGUGCGCCCCUCUGUCCCACUGACCCAGGGUGUACCUCAACAGCAGCAGGUGACCAUUCAGGUGCAAGAGGUGGAGUUGGGAGGUGGGUCGCAGAGGCAGGGGUUUUUGUCGACACCAUGCGGACACAGGGUCCUUGGGAAGCAGCUGAGUGCGGACAACGCAGAGACCCACAGUCGGAGCCUUGGCCGCUUCACGUCUGCCUAUGACCAGGCCCAGUUUAAUCCCAACCUCUUCUCUGGUGACGUUGGCUCGAGGGGCCCCUCUGGUGUGGUUGGAUCAUACAACCCCUACAUACAGGGUACCCUCAACGUCCCGGGCCUCGAUGGUGGCUUCCAGAGCGGGGCAGUAGGCGCCGGCAACUAUGGCACCCCGUCUACACUACAGCAGGCCCUGCUGUCCCCAACUCCGUUGGACUACCGCCCCCCACAACAGCAUGUGACGCCGACGCUGCAGGGUCUCCUGUCUCCCCGCCAUUCUUUGACUGGCCACGCCGACCCCCGGCUGUCACCCCAGGACUUAGCUGCGCUAUUGAAGAGACAGAGCCCGCGACCUGUCCCGCCCACUCCCCCAGGUGCUGCGCCGCAGGAAUAUGGAGAGAUGCUGCUCCUACGCCAGCUGAGUCAGGGGGAGACAUUGGAACAGUCAGCGCCUCAAGGAGGUCCAGGAAACCAACACUACCAUCACCUCCUUCAGAUCCAGCCCCAAGAAGUCCAGCAGGCGCCACAGCAUCCACCACCCAGCUUGCCUCACUCGGAGAGCAUGGAGGAGGAUGACUUGCAGACCGGCUACCAUCACACGCACGAGGGUUUGUUGGCGAAGGCUGUGGAAGGUCAUGAGCUUCUCGGGCCCCCACGAGGAGGGACCCCGCCGUACAACUCCCCAACCCACAGACACGGCUUCAUCCGGCCAGCUUCUGCAAGUAGAGAACCAGAGCAUGUGGAAUGCAGAACCCAGGGCCAGGCCAUGGAGGUGCCGGAUCAUAAUGGCGUCGGCUAUUCACGAGGCUCCCAGAAUGACAACUACAGGUCCCGUGGACAGCUGCAGCGCCACCACACCAUCCAGACAUGUGAUGAUGCCUAUGAUCAGUCUGAGCCCAUGUCUGGGAUGAGCUUGUUGGCUGGCAAAGCGCUCAGCUCCGCUCGCAUGUCGGACAUUCUCAGCCAAACAUCACUGACGGGAAGCCAGCAGCUGCAUCAGCGGGAAGAGUCAGUGUGUGAUGUUGAAGGAGAGCUCCAUGCACCGGCCUGCUACCCCUCCUCCUGCACCAGUGACAUGCUCCUCAGCUACAAGCCCCCUGACCUGCAGUACAGCAUGGAGCAAGCAGGGGUCUAGCGCAGGUGAACCCUGUGUGCUUUGGUCCAUAUCAACCAUCCUAAGUUGUGUUGACUUGAGUUGACUAGCAUCACGCCAAACCACAGCCACCGCCUGCUCCGGCAGGGGCACCUUACGUUCAUCAGUCUGUCUCCAUCUGUCCGUGGGAGGGCAGUCAGUACGAGAGAGUGGGAGUGUGUGGGUGGGUGGGUACAAACAAAGGAGCGGCGGGGUCACAUGUGCCACUUGGGAUAGUGAGGGUCAAAGUGCCAGCAUUUUCUGCAAAGACAUCCAGCAAUCCUCCCGCGUGGACCAGGUCUCCAUCCCAGCUCCCAUAGUGUGUGCGUGUGCUGUCGUUCCACAUCCUAUCCUGACCUCCAUCCCAAGCCUGUCUCCUCCUGACCUGCUCUCCGUGGUCCCUUGUGUUUGCAUCAUGUGCCUCCUAGGCCAAAGGAUCGCCACAGUUGUAUACCAACAGGAACACCAAGUCCAACCACACAAAGAAACACAAGCAGUGCUGCCACAAAUCCAAAGUAUUGUGCGAAUGUGUGCGCGCACGUUUUUUUUGCAUUCAUAACUGCGAAAAAGGGAUGAGCAGAGGGGAGGCACGUCUCUGAGCUUCAGUCCGCUCCUUGUCAUCUGCAGCAGAUCGUUCUGGAGCGAGCUGUAAUCUCAUCAAUGGUCGCCCUUGCUGUCGUGUUCAAGGUCGUGCUCCAACCGAGCAACCAAACCUCUCUCUCUCUCCAAAGAUGGAGCUCAGAGUCAUCGUCGUGACAAACCAGCUCUCCUUUGCUCUGGAGUUGACAUUUUAUUGUACAUUUCAUUUCUUUUUUUUUUUUUUUCCACAAUGCCCAUGGUGGCAUUAUGGCCAUCAUUGUUACUCAUAUAGUUAUUACUGUAUUCUGUAAAAGAUGUUUUUAUUAUAAUGGAUAUUAUUAUAAUUAAAGAAAAGAGAUGUUAUUUGUUGAAAGGAAGAGAAUAUUGUUUUAUCUAUACUGCACUUUGGGUUCAAGCUAUCGACGCUCUCCAGUCUUCUCGAGAAUGACUCCUCCCCCUCCCUCCUCCUUCUUUAUUUCUCCCUUUACAUGUAUCCUCCUUAACCUCUCAUCCUUGUCGACGUAUUGCAUUGUGGGUUUUACCAAAAAUUUCUCCCUUUUCUUGUACAGUUUGCCAUGUAUAGAUCGCUAUUGCUUUUCUGUAUCCUUUUAUUUUGUAAUGUUUUUAGAUGUUGUCAGACAUUUUGGUUUUUGUUUUUUUUUUUAUUUACAGUGUUAUCGUUUUAUCAUCCGUCAUUUCUGAUGCUUUAUUGUUUUGCUUUUGUAAACCAUGAGAUUUCUAGCCAAAAGAGGACAGAGAAGGGACGUGGCUCUUUCUGUGUCGUGAAACGAUUGUUCUUAUUUGUUUUAAUAUUAUUCUAUUGACACUUGAAUACGAGGAGAGUUUUUGCUUUUCAAAGAAUCAUUUCAACUGUUAUUGUUGUGACUGUCAUUCAUGUUGAUGUCGAGCCUGUUUCUGUUCAUAAGCGUGUUGUUGCAGGCUUUACAGGGUCAGGCUUUUUUGGGGUGUCGCCUGGGUUGGUUUGGGUGCUACAUAGACUUUGAAGGAAGAAAAAAAAAAACAUACAAAGGGAAUAACCUGUAAAAUAGCUGACAUAUCAAAACAUCCAAUACAAGUGUGGAGGAGGAGGACAAACCCACAUCUCAACCCUUGCUGCGCAACCCACUGAAAUGGUCUGCCGUGAUCCUCCUACCAUGUUUUAUCGCAUCAGCAUCGCAGCGGAUUACAGACGGAAACCUCUGGCCACCACACCGGCGAAUACUCCACCGUUACAUCUUUAGUUCCCCUCUUUAAAUGUCUGCCUUGCUUUUCUUCCCACUGAGCUUGGAAGUAGAGAAUUGCUGCAUUUUAUUAACAGUGACUUGAUCUCAUUUUUGGAUUUUCCUACAACCGUCAAAGGAAACUUUUCCCUCCUCCAGUCAAUGGCUUUGAAUUGGACUUCCAGCAGAUGUUGAAAACAAGCUUUUUGGCAGGGAAACGUGUGCCCAUCUUGUCUACCAAAAUCUCUACUCAGUUUCCUCUGCUGAGUCAGGCUAAAGCACAGCACUGGGGACCACAGCUGAGGACUUCAAAGAUACAAGCAUCCUUGACUCUGUUCUGAUCAAUGCUCUCAUUUGUCCUUUAUUAUUGCCCCUUGGUGUUGAGUCUGUAGUUUGCCAGCCAGAAAAAUGUGAGUUCAAAGAGUAGAUCUCCAGGUUGACCUGGCCAAAUUCACAGAUACUGUUUGCACGGUCGGCCUAUUAUAUGCUUAAAAAAACAAAA